AUGGAUUCUCGGCCGCGUGCUGUAACACCGGGGCUCAUCUGCCAUCGAUCGAUCCUCAGCUUCUCCUUCUCCUUCGUCCUCUGCACGUGUGUCUCUCCAUCGUACUUCUACAAAAACUUGUAUCCCCCGACCUUUUUUUUCUUCUUCUGUGCAGCUGCUCCUCGGAGACUCCUCACACAUUUGCCGCCUUUUUCAUUUGAUUUAUAUCCUGGAAACUCCUAGAAUGAUCAGAGGCUUGAAGGUUUACAAUCCUACCUGACAGAAAAUUAUCGAUUUCUAUGUUUUCCUGACUCUUCCAGUAUAUAAUAUAUUUCUAAAAUUCUCAAAUUUUAAGUCCUACCGUCUCAAAAACUGUAUGAAUUGUUUUGCAAAUCUAAUUUUAUGCUAAUUAAAAUUAAAGAAUAGUUAGAAAAGCGGAGAAAAAAAUAGAAAAAAAUGAAUUUUUCAGCCCCCAGACUUGAAACUCAUUUUUUUGAGAAAGUUAAAUCAAAAUCGAAUUUUUUUAAGAUUUUUAAAUUUUGUUUCAGAAAAAGAACCACUGAGCUCUCUUUAAUUACAAAAAAACCCGGAUGAAAUUUUUUUAGAAAGUUCGAAAUUUCAAAGUUUUUUUCAUCAUUCAAUGAUGAUUUCAUCUGCAUUUUUUUAGCCUACGAUAAUUUUUUUAUCACAUAAGAGUUUCAGGUGGAUUGAUUCGAAAUUAGAUUUUUUUCACAUUCCAGAAGAAAAAAAUUUUUGGAAAUAACCGCAAAAAGCGCAGAAAUCAGAAAAAAAAUUCGGCAGAUCAUGAUUUCGGAGUUUCUAAACAAACCUUUGAUUUUUUUAGUUUUCUGUUUCCGCUUAUCUUCUUCAUUUGUUAAAACAUGUUAAAAAAAUUAUAGCUUUCUACAGCUCUCCAUUUCAAAAUCACAUAAAAUGGUUUUGGAGCUAUUUUGUGCGGUUUUUUUCUUUUCAUUCAUUCUCAAUUUUUUUCCAUUUUUUUAUUUUAUCCCAUGCUCAAAGUGGUGAUUCACGAGAUUAUUCAAGUACAAAUGAAAAAAAUUUAUUCUCUGCAAAAUACUUUUUUUGCAUCUUUAUUUACUUUCAAAAAAACUUUUUUUGUGGUUUUUUUCAAUUUUUAUUUUUUUAAUAUAGGCUAGUUUCUCGGGCAAAUUUGGAAUGGUAGAUAACGGCCGCUAAAAUAAAAGGGAACCAAAAAGACAGCAAAAAGGCCCCAAAAAGGCCGCAAAAAGGCGCUAAAAGGCCGCAGAAAGGCUGCAAAAAGAGUCCCUUUAUCGAACCUUCCAUUUUUCUGUGAUUUCAAAGGCUCGAGAAAUGGUGGAGGAAGGGAGAGGCAGCAAAAAUGGUGCAUAAGAGCCGAGAAAAUGGAGCAAAAAGGCAGCAAAAAGGAACAUUUCUAUGGAGCCUUCCAGCAGCCUCGGAGGGUCCUUCCGACUUUGCUCAUUUAAAAAUUCACGUUUUGGAUCGUUAAAUUUAGUUGAUUGUAGGUUUUCCUGAACCUUUUCAGAUUUUUGAACAUGAAGCUUUUACUUCGUCUUCCACAAUGCUUUUUUGUGGAAUGACCCGAAAAUCGGAUGUUUGAUGAUCCCCACUGCUCUCUUAUCAUUACUUAGAACAUUUAUUCUUUCAUUUUUUUUUAAAAUAAUAUUUCAUGCCCUUCGGAAUCAGAAAAAGAAGACGUUGAUUUGUUCAGACGACGUGGGUAGACGAGGCGGCGAGAACGGCGACUUUCGCUCGACGACGAUGAUCGGCGUGCGGAUUUUGCCGCUGCUCGCGGCGCUGUGCACCAUCACAUCGUUCCUACCCAACAGGUUUCAUCAAUUCAAUAUACUCUUCAAAGAAAAAUGUGAAAAAUGUUGUUUUUGAGCGAGUAGUCAGAAAAAACUCAAUGAUCUUGAAGUUCAGUUUGAGUUCUGACGCCAAAAAGUCCGUUUUCCUUAGAGUUUGUUAGAAAUUCAAUAAUUUGAAGAUCAAAACUAUGAGUAAUCAAUUUUUUCCCUUUCAAUCGUUUUAAGACACAAAAAACCGUUUUUUUCUCCACUGUCAUGAUAAAGUUUAAGUUUGGACGCACUACAGCUGUACUAAAAACAAAAAAAUAUCAAAAAUCAUGUUUUUCGCUUAAAAUCGUGUUACUUCAUUCAAAAAAAAUUUUUUUUGUUCUUGCACAGUUUUCAAACUCUUCGGUAGUAUACAGAUGUGAAAUGAAAGUUAGAUUUUUUUCAGAAUUUCUCAAUUUUAUUAAAGUGUAAAUUUCUUAACAUUCUACUUGUGUAGUGUUCUUGAAAUAUAAUUUAAUUGUCUCUGAUAUUCUUGAUUUAUCGAUUAUAAAGAAUUGAUUUCUAGUUUCGCUCUUUGCAAAGCUGGUAGUUAUUCGGGGAAUUUCACUUCGCCAAUCUGAAUUCCGGAAAUUGAAUUUUUUUGAGUUUUUUUGCUGUGGAUUUUUCCGAGGAAUAGACAGGUUCUGGGAAUAUUUCAAGACGAUCGUCGAUUUUAUUUUUUACUUUAUCUGAUAUUUCUGCGAUUUUAAAGAUCACAGCAAGUUUUAUUGAACGUAUUUCUUAAGCAUUAGUUUUAAGUACAACCUAAGCUGUACCAGAAAAAAGUUUUGUCAAGUUUAACGGUCCCCUGUCAAGGAUUUCCAAUAAACGUCCGCACUUUGCAGAGUGCUCGUCGAUGCAGCUGUCGCCUGCAAGGGCUGCGCUCCGCCGUGCGUGUGUCCUGGCACGAAAGGAGAACGAGUAGGAAACUUUCUUGACUUCAAGCCUCAAGUGAACUUUUGCAGGGAAACCCAGGCUUUGGCGGCGAGCCAGGCCAUCCCGGAGCUCCUGGUCUUGACGGACCGGAAGGCUCGAUCGGACUAGCGGGCCAGCCCGGCGCCGAAGGCGACUUUGGCGACAUCGGACCGAAGGGAUCUCGAGGCGACCGAGGCCAUCCCGGACCCCCAGGCCGAUCCGGCUUUCCCGGCGUCGACGGAAACCCCGGCAACAAGGGCGAGGAAGGCAUUCCCGGCUGCAACGGAACCGAUGUGGGUGUUUGCGUCGGACUGACGACGGAAUUACAACCAAAGGCGAUGACGAAUCGAGGGUCGCUAGAGCCGCAGAGAAAGUGUAACAGGCGGCCAGCCGGCUUGAACUUUUUGAGAGCUUGAAAAAAUGGAGAAAAAUGAGUCAUUCGCCUGGCUUUUAGCGAGAUUUAGGUCGUACUGUCGGUUCAUAGAGAAUCAAAAAGCAAAAUUUUCUUCACUUAUUUUCUAGCAUGGAAAGUUUGCUCUAAGGCCAAAAAAUUUUGCUAAACCUUUACAAAACCUGAAAAAAAGGACAAAAAAGAGUCAUUCGCCUGUCUUUUAGUGAGAUUGAGGCUGUAUAAAAACUGAAAUCACUUCGUCAAAAAAAGGAAUUUUUCGAAAAAUUGUUUCUUAGCUUGUAAAGUUCGCUCCAAUGAUGAAAUUAUACUGACUCUAACUUUUCAGACUUCGAAAAACGAAGAGAAAUUACUGUCGGUUUCUAAAGCACAAUCUCUUAAAAUCAAAACAGAAACAGAAAAAUUUUCUUGGCCCUAAAUUAUUUGCUGAAGUGAAUGAUACGAAUUUUUAUUAGCAAAAUCCAAAUUUUCAGGGCUUUCCUGGUAUUCCCGGAUUGGCUGGACCACCUGGACCGCCCGGUCUUAAUGGAAAUCCUGGAAGACCCGGACUUCCCGGACCGCCCGGAGAAGGCGGCGUCAACUCGGCCGGCCGGAAAGGAGAAAAAGGAAACACCGGCUUGGCGGGAACUCCCGGAUCUUACGGAAACAACGGUUAUCCUGGCUUGAAAGGAGUCAAGGGAGACCCAGGACCGGGCGGCUUGCCCGGCUUCCCUGGACCUCCUGGACUGAAAGGACGGAUGGGUGUUAGAACCGGCGGAGUCAAGGGAGAGAAGGGCUUGUCCGGGCCGCCCGGACCGCCCGGACCUCCCGGAAGCUAUCCCUGGGCCUCGAAGCCGAUUGAAAUCGAGGUUCUGCAAGGACCCGUCGGUACUGGAGGUUCGUGGAGUUCCGAUUUUGGGAUUUAUACGGAAAUUGGGGUUAUUUUGUCAAAAAAAAAAAAAUGCGGGUUUCGUCUUUUUUUGGGAUGUAGUAGUUUUUCUUCCGUUUAGUGUUCCUUUUUUCAACUAGGCGGAGCAAAAUUGUUGUUUAGAACUGGUAAAAUAUACUCUAGUUAUAGGAAUAACAUUUUAUUCUUUUCAAGCCCUCGAAAUAAGAUUUAAGCCAUCUCUGGCUACUUGUAGGAAUGAGAAAAACUAGAUUUUGAGUUCUUUUUCCUUAAUUACACUUUCUUCCUUUUCCGAAUGUCAGAAUCAGAACUAUCUUUGAUUAUUUUUCCAGGUGUGAAAGGAGAAAAAGGUCGUGACGGACCUCUUGGACCGCCCGGACUCAACGGACUCGAUGGAGCGCCCGGUUAUGCCGGACUGAAAGGACAAAAAGGAGAUCCUGGAGAUGCUGGACAGCGCGUUUGUUUCUUUUUUAUAUUGAAAAAAGUGUAGCCCAAAAUGACUUUUCAAUAACCUUUAAAGUUUUUAUUAGAGGCAGAUUCGUUUAAAAAAGGAAAAAAAAAAACUAAAAAUUGCUGCUUACCUUAGUUUCUCUCUGAAAAAGUUUUGAAUGGAGAAAAAUCUUUUUUAAAUUACUGUAGGCGUUCCUUCUGCGCUCACGUUCCAUGUUUUGUCUCGCCGAAAUUUUUAAUAAUUUUUUUUGUGGUGUUUUUCUUCUUCUUUUAUGGGUUUAAUGCCGAAAAUUUCUUUUUGUCCGCGUUUUAUAAGCUUGAAAGGAAAAAAAGCAGAGACUCUUUUUCGUCUCAUUUUAAUUUUUUUUUUAAUUUUUUUAAAUUCAAAUUUGUUCGGUAUAAUAUUCUAACCAUUUAUUCAGAAUAUAUACGUUGGUUCCUUCAAAGAAGAAAAAAAAUAGGAGCUUGUUUGGAUUUAAGAAAAAAAACUUCGAUUUGUUUUGAAACUUUUUUGUUACAUGAAAACGCUGUUGAUUAUCGUAUUUUUAGUUUUGAAAAAUAUAUUGUGGAAAGAAUAUUUUAAAUAGUCGUCAGAGAGCGGAAAAAAUAUUUAAAUUUUGCAGAGUCUGAGAUGAUUUUGAAUUUCGCGAAAAUGAUUGAACACGGCAUUUUUUUCUGAAAAAAAAAAUAAAUUUUCAGGGCAAACGCGGAAAGGAUGGCAUGCACGGAAGCUACGGAGACAAGGGAUCUCAGGGAGAACAGGGAGUCUCGGGACUCCCCGGGUACACCGGGACGAAAGGAGAAGCCGGAGAGCCCGGAUACCCGGGUAGACCCGGUCUCGAAGGAGACUGCGGACCGGAAGGACCUUUCGGAGAAGGACGCGGAGAACCCGGAGUCCAUGGAAUCCAAGGUGAAAACGAGAGAAAAAACAUCGAACAGAAAGAAAUUUGUUCUAAAAAGCAAAAAAUCUGCUCCAAACCAAGAGUUUCGAAGCGAUUCACGAACAAAAGAAGAGAAAAUUUUAUUCAAAAAAGAGUUUUUCAGGUAUCGACGGUGUUCCUGGACCUAAAGGUUUCCCCGGAACCAACGGGUUCCCUGGCCCGGUCGGAAAUCGCGGUCCCGUCGGAGCUCCCGGCCAACCGGGCCCGCCUGGACUUGACGGACUUCCCGGCUAUUCCGAGAAGGGAGAUCGAGGCGACGACGGCCAUCCCGGUUACGCGGGCGAGCCCGGAAUUCCUGGAGAGCCCGGAGAUUGCGGAUAUCCCGGCGAAGAUGGCCCGGAGGGUUUCCCUGGAGAGGUAUAAAAAUUUUUUCGCUUGAUCUUUUUUCAAAAGUAUUUUCAAGGGCGCCGCUGGAUUGGACGGACAGUCGGGCCGCGACGGAUACCCGGGAAUCCCGGGGGCUAUGGGAGAUCCCGGAUUCCCGGGCAUGAAAGGUUUCCCGGGCGCCGGCGUCAGCAAGGUCGGACCCGCCGGACUUCCUGGCCUUCCGGGAGAGCCUGGAAUCCCUGGUGAGCACUUGACUGUUUCAGCGAAAAAAAAAUUUUUUAUUGAAGCUCUUUUUUGAAUCUUUUUUCAGAAAAAAAGAUAGAAAAACAUACAAAACUGUGCCAUAAAAAUUGAAAAAGAUAUGAUUAAGAAACGCUCGUAUUUUAUCAAUUUGCAAUGGAGCAUAAAAAAGCGGUUGUAAAAGCCCUUUUGAUCCUAACUUUUUAUUUCGAAUUUUUUUAUUUUAUUAAUUUUAUCUGACCGUGGGGAGUGAAAGGAAUUUUAAAUACUCGAAUAAAUAUUUAUAGAAUUUGUAAUCAUGGAAAGGAUAGGAAAAAAAUAGUUUAAAUAGUCAAAAAAAUAAAUGUAUACAAAAAAAAAAUCGAAAAUUCCGACACUUCUUUUGACGAUAUUUAUUUCCGUAAAGUAUUAUGUGUCGUGCGCAUACACUGCGGCGCUCUCGCACAUGCGUGAUCAAAGUUUUUUUUUGCGAAAUUCAAAAUCAUCUCCGAAUUUUCGAAAUUCAGUUAUAUUUUUCACUCUCUGACGGCUUUUUUGAGUUUCGCGGAAUCACUUUGAACAUGGCAUACAUGAAAAAAAAAUGAAACAGUGAAUUGCAUUUUUUUUACACCACGCCCCCUUCAUUUUUGGUUUUGCAUUUUCUUCUACUAAAAAAAACUCCGUGCAGAGGAAAAUGUGUCAGUUACUCAAGAAAUUCUUCAUUUUUCGUAUUUUAAACCUGUUUCAAAUAAAAAUGUUUAGGUCGAAUUGGAAUUGACGGACAGCCCGGACCGCCCGGAUUGUCUGGACCUCGAGGAGAUGACUGUGGUUAUUGUCCUGAUGGUGUCCCUGGAGAAAAGGUAUCGAUUGAAAAAAAGGAGUUUAGUUUAAGUACUCAUUCUUUAACUUUAAAGUCACCUUUAUUUUCCAUUCAAUUCUCAUGAUUAAUCCAACUUUUUAUUUUCAUAAUCUUCAAAUAACGACUUUUCCUUCAUAGUUUGCGAACUUUGAAGUAUCUUAUUUUGAAAAAAAAGAAGAUCAUACUCAAAAAAAAAAAAAAAAUCAUAGGGAGACUCUGGAAGCUACGGCGUCGACGGUUACCCGGGCCCGCCCGGACCAAACGGAGACAUUGGAGACUGCGGCCUUCCCGGAUUCCCGGGCAAGCCCGGACUUCCUGGCCCUGAAGGCCUUCCUGUGAGUUUACGCCUUGAAAAAUCAGAAAAAUCGUUGGAAAAUAACUUUUUCUUUGAAAAUUUGAACAGGAAGCGGUUUUCAGGAGUUAUAUAUCAGUUUUUUUAAAUUUCAGCGAGUUUGUUUGCCAAAUUAUUUUUUUAAUAACUAAAUUUAAAAAUAAUAUUCUCGAAUAUUGAUUUACUUUUUCAGGGGCUCUAUAUUUUUUCACAUGAUCAAUUUUUUUCCGAUUUACUUGUUUCCGAUUUUCGAAAAGUAUAAUACUUCGCUAUUUUUAAGGAUAAAGCAUAAUUUUGUUCAAAAACUACAUUUUCUACUCCAUUAUUCGUUAAAAGACCAAAACAAGCAAUUGAUGAAGAGACGCCAGAGAAAGAGAACACCCUCGUUUCUCUAGCCUCUCCAGCUUGUUAAUGAUCUCUCGCUUUUCUUUUUUCAAUUUUUGUAGCAUCUAUGUUUGGAAUCAAGGAAGAAAUUUCUAUGGAAGUUCUCAAAAUUGAAAGAAUUUCAAAUUUAGAUUUUUUUUUAACUGAAAAAAACGAGUCAUGAAAAAGAUUUUUUUGGAAUUCAACAGCUUAUAGAGAAAGAGAACACACUCACUUCUCUGGAGUCUCUUCAGCUUCUCAAUGAUCUCUAAAUAUCCUUUUUUUCUGGCUGUUUUGUUCGAAAUCCAUGAAAAUCCUCAAUGGACUUUUUCUAGAAGAAAACACCUGAAAUUUGUAAUUUAAGGGAUCCGUUGGACUUCCUGGAAUCCCCGGCUAUCCUGGUCUGAAAGGAGAAUCUGGAGAAAUCAUCGGCCCCAUGGAGAAUCCGCCCGGCGUCGCUGGUCUCAAGGGAGAUCGAGGACUUUCCGGUUUCAAAAAUAUGAAAAGCCUCAUAACUUUCGAUCCUAGGAGUACCCGGACUGCGAGGAAAAGACGGACUUCCUGGCCUUCCCGGGCCGCCCGGCCUUGACGGCGCUCCCGGAUAUCCUGGAGAGAAGGGUCUUCUUGGAAUCGACGGCAAACGAGGACGCGAAGGAAAUGUAGGGAUUGAUUGAAACUGAAACUUUUAUUUCGGCUUUGAAAAUCUCAUGAACUUCCAGUUGGGACUGCCCGGUGAGCAAGGACCACCCGGAGACAGCUAUCCUGGCCAACCGGGUCUACCCGGCUACCCCGGAGAACGCGGAGCCAACGGCUUGCCUGGACUUCCGGGCACACCCGGUCCCGCCGGACCGCCCGCUCCACGAGGCGUCGUCCAACAGAGACGCGGCCAGCCCGGAAUCGACGGAGCUCCCGGAUUCCCCGGAGAACGAGGAGCUGAUGGCCUGCCCGGUCUACCUGGACAGGUGUGAAAAUGACAAUUUUCUCGAAUUUCUCGAAACUUUGAGAUAUAAUAAGAGUUGCUUUUAGGCUGGACAAGACGGCUUCCCGGGCCAGCCCGGCGAGCGCGGAAUGGACGGCCUUCCCGGCUUCCCAGGACUCCUCGGUGAACCCGGAAUGCGUGGCCAACAAGGAGACGUCGGCUACAACGGAAUCGACGGCGACUGCGGAGAACCUGGAGCAGAUGGUUUCCCAGGCUUGCCCGGGCUUCCCGGCGCGCCAGGAGAGAACGGAUACGGAUUCCCUGGCCAGGUCGGCUACCCCGGACCCAAAGGAGAAUCCGGCUCGGCUGGAUAUCCUGGCAGCGACGGUCAGCCAGGAAGAAGCGGCUUGCCCGGGCUUCCCGGCAUCCCUGGAGAACCUGGCAACGUCGGCUACGACGGCCAGCCUGGAACUCCUGGCUUCCGAGGCGAAGUCGGACUCCGAGGAAUCGACGGCAAACGAGGUCGCGACGGGCUUCCCGGACCUCCCGGACAGCCCGGAGCUCCCGGCUAUCGUGGAGCCCCUGGGACGCCUGGACUCGACGGUCAAGCCGGAUACCCGGGUGCGCCCGGAGAUCUCGGAGUGCCCGGAUACCCUGGCGAGAACGGUCAGCCUGGUCUUCCUGGUUAUCCUGGAGAGGACGGCUACAUCGGAUUCCCGGGUCUGAACGGAGCGGCUGGAGAGAACGGCCUUCCUGGAAUCGAUGGAGACUGCGGAGAGGACGGCGACAACGGAUACGACGGCGCCCCUGGUCUUCCCGGAGAAAACGGAGCGGAUGGUAGGAAAAAACGGAAAAAUGUAAAAAUAGCCUAUGACUUCAGGAUUCCCUGGAAUUCCCGGCAAAGAUGGCCUUCCUGGCUUCGCCGGCGAACCUGGUGAUUCCGGAAGUCCCGGAGGUCGUGGUCAGCCUGGAGAACCUGGAAACCUCGCUUAUCCUGGACCUCCUGGAGAUGUGAGCUUUUCAGACCUUCAUCUACCAAAUUUCAACGUUAUCAGUUUUAUUUCGAGAUAUAGUUCAUUCACCAUCACUUGGUUUGGAAUUUCCUUAUAGAAUUUAUAUCUCGAAGCUUGAAAAUAGGUUUACAUUUUCACCAAAAAUAUAUCUAUGAAGCCAACACUGUUCUUCGAUUAAUCGUGUAAUUCGUCAAUAAUUUUCCAUAAUUCAUUCACGACGACUUGAAAAAGUCUGAUUUUCCGUUCUAAGGAUGAGGGUGAAGCUUAAAGGCAUAGGGGCAGUAAAAAACGGUGUUUCAGUUAAAAGCAGUACUUUGUAGAGCUUUUCAUUGCAAAUUGAACGGUGAACUUGGAAACGUACCGAACUUCCUAGUUUUGGAGAAAAAAUAAUUCAAAGUCGGAGGGAGGAAAGUUUGAGUUCCCGCGAAAAGGGCGCUUUGCAGUAAAAUUGCUCUAUGGACAACAGGUUUCGCCAUCUUCCGGAUUUUCGCUUUUUUCUUCGUUUCUUUCAAUUUUCUAAUUUUUCUGUUCUCACCAAAGUUCUUUUCGUCACGAAAGCUUUCUAUUCAUGUAUAAUUUGCAAACUUUGAUCGCAAAAAUGCUUCUUUGGUGAAAAAUGAGGAUUUUACAUCGGUUUCGAUUGGGAUAGCGAUUAUUUGUUUUUUCUUUAUUAUCGCUGUAUGUUUUUUGUUUGACUGAAAGUUUUUUCAGGAAAGAAACCCUUAAUUUGAGACAGAAAUCCGGUUAUUUCUCACAAAAUGCGAGUCUAAAGAGACGUCCGGAACAUUGCGUGCAUGGCUACUGUUAACAGUUGUCCGUAGGCCGAUCCAAAGAUUUUUUCAAAAUUAAUGGCGGGAAAGUGAAAUCGCGUUUUUCUUCUAAAGUUGUCACAUCUGUAAUUUUUUUGAGUACACCAUUCGAUUCGCAAAGAAAAACUAUAUAAGAAACUGCUUUCACCUGAAACCCCAUUUUUUACUGCCCCUAUGCCUUUAAGUGGUCCCCAUACGUGGGCUAGCAGCCCAUUUAGCACAUGCGGGCCCCCCGAUCCUUUAAGAAGGGUCGAUAAGUUACAGGAAAUCGGUUUAUUUUAUUCAUUAAGCCUUUUGAAGUUUAUUGAGUGGUGAAAUUAUUGACAAAAUCUUAUACUAGCGCCAAACGGUCGAAAAUACUGAGGCGAAUCGUAUAAAUCAUGUCCUAAAAACUUCAGAAUGAUAGGUAUCGAUUCAAUUUCUUUUUUAAAAGUGAAUAUUACACAUAUUACAUGUUCUCACAAAAUUUCAGGCCAAUCGGAAGGGUUUGAAAAUUAGUCAUUUUCCGGCCAUUAAAAAAAAACAACUUUUUAUUUUCGCUUUUUACGGCUCAAAAUCAUUAAUAAUUUUGAGAUAACACCUAAUAACGACGAAUAACUCAAUUUGCAACCUUUUGGAAGCUUUUUCAGUCCAAUUACAAGAUUUUGCGCUUGUGAGAAUAAAUAUCAAUUGGUGGCUUGCGGGCCCCCCCGGCCUAUCCCGAUUUGCGAAAAUCGAUCCGAUUUCGAUGUUAAAAAUAAUCAUAAAUCAGAAUCUACGAUCUGGCCAAGUUUCAGGCCGGUUGGAUGAGUUUUGAGAAAAAUGAUUUCUCCGACCUCUCAAAAGUGAUUUUUUGUAUUCUGUUUUUUUUAGAGCUCAGAGUCACCGCUAACUUCAAGGUAACCCUCAACAAAACUUCUUUUUCGCCAUUUUUUGCGUAUUCGUCAACCAGGAUAAGUUUUGCGCGCCCGUCGCUUGUCAUUAUAGCGCUGCGUUGGUUAUAUAAUCUUUUUUCUUGUUAAAUGAAAAAAAUAUUAAAUCUUCUAUUUUUUUCUUAAUUUCUUCAUCGAAUGAAUUAUUAUUUUUCGAUAUUGCAGUUUGUAAAUUUUUUUAAAUUCGUGAUUUUUCAAUUUCUUUGUAUUUCAUAUCAUUAAAUUUCCAUUUUUUUAUUGAGUUUAUUUUUUUCUUGUCCAUCUGUGGAUAGAAUUGAUUUUUCAAGACGUAUUGGAACCUUUACGUAGAAAUCAAUUUUUGUAUUUCGAUAUUGCUUAUUUGGGAUCGCGGGUAUUGAAAAGUUUAACUUCACACGGUCGCCCAUUCGAUUCUCACUGUACAUUCUCCUUGAUCAUUCUGACUUUUCUCCCAUCUUCGUACCAAAAAUAUCCACGAGCAUUAUUACCUGAGGGAAUAAGUUGGAAAAAAAUCGGGAUAGGCCGGGGGGCCGCAAGCCACCAAUUGAUAUUUAUUCUCACAAGCGCAAAAUCUUGUAAUUGGACUGAAAAAGCUUCCAAAAGGUUGCAAAUUGAGUAUUUUGUUGUUAUUAGGUGUUAUCUCGAAAUUAUUAAUGAUUUUGAGCCGAAAAAUUGGAAACUUCAAAAAAUCACUUUUGAGAGGUCGGAGAAAUCAUUUUUCUCAAAACUCAUCCAACCGGCCUGAAACUUGGCCAGAUCAUAGAUUUUGAUUUAUGAUUGUUUUUAACAUCGAAAUCGGAUCGAUUUUCGCAAAUCGGGAUAGGCCGGGGGGGCCCGCAAGCCACCAAUUGAUAUUUAUUCUCACAAGCGCAAAAUCUUGUAAUUGGACUGAAAAAGCUUCCAAAAGGUUGCAAAUUGAGUAUUUUUGUUGUUAUUAGGUGUUAUCUCGAAAUUAUUAAUGAUUUUUGAGCCGAAAAAAAUUGGAAACUUCAAAAAAAUCACUUUUUGAGAGGUCGGAGAAAUCAUUUUUUUCUCAAAACUCAUCCAACCGGCCUGAAACUUGGCCAGAUCAUAGAUUUUGAUUUAUGAUUGUUUUUUAACAUCGAAAUCGGAUCGAUUUUUUUGCGAAACAGGGAUAGGCCGGAGGGCCCGCAGGUUAUCAACCGAUAAUCACUUUGACGGCGCGAGACUUAGCUGAAUGUACUACAUAUGGAUCGUAAAUCAAUAAAAAAAUUUGCUAAUUAAUCCAUAACCCAACUUUGAAAAAAAUAUUUCACAUCAAUAGAUUUUUUUCUGGAGGGGUACGCUCUUUUCCAAGGGGGUACGCUCUUUUUUUCAAGGGGGCCCGCUCUGACGUCACGAAAAAAAUGUGGGUUAGCCCAUGUAUGGUGGUCCCUAGAGGGGGUCCUUAAGGUAGCCCCUAUAAGGACCACUUUGACGUACCUAACCGGUGGUAAGUAUAUGGAAUCAGCAAAAAUUUGCAGUUUUCUAGGCUUUGAACGUCAAAUUUAAAACAAAACAUAUGUCUUGUGAUAUAAAAACUUGUCUUUGUCUAGAUCGGCUACCCCGGUCCUGAUGGCCCGACUGGCCUUGCCGGCCCUGACGGCCUCCCAGGCCUAAACGGAGAACGCGGCGAAGAUGGCGACAGCUAUCCCGGUCUUCCUGGAUCGCCCGGUCCUGCUGGAGAAGCUGGAUAUGAUGGUCCUGAUGGCGUUGUUGGAUUGCCUGGAUAUCCUGGAACUACUGGUUAGUAGAGCGAAAAAAAAAAUAAAAAGAGAAAACUUUGAUUUUCAGAGCCAUAUGACUAUGCGAUUUAUAGUUUUUUUCUUAUGUCGAAAGCCCCUUUAAAUUUCUGCCAAAUUAUUUAAAAGUUCAUAUUCAACAGAACACUCAAAGAUGCUAAAAACACUAAAAUGAUCACUCAGAUUUUCAGAAGAUCUUUUAUUUCGAUUUAACCGACUGAAAAUUUUGAAUAUUUAGAUGUCUUAAACCCAAUAACUGAGUCGCCCCUUUCAGGUCUUCCUGGAAUCAAGGGCGAAAAUGGCUACCCCGGAGCGCCCGGUCGACAAGGAAACGACGGAUAUCCUGGAGCGCCAGGACUUUCCGGAGAACCCGGAGACGCUGGAUAUCCCGGAGCGCCCGGAUCUCCUGGCUACCCGGUACAGUUUCACUCUUACAAUUCAGAUAAACAAAAGAGAUUUUAUUUUCUACGGUUGCCGUAUUGUAAGUCCGCAAAAUCGCUUGUGUUUUGACCAAGUGUAUGCAUACUGUAACCGCUGGUUUCAAUGACAAUGCCAAAAUACUCAUAAAGAUUUCUAUUUCUCAAUCGUACAUUCUUUUGUCCUAUCACGAUCAUCAAUUUCAGGGACUCCAAGGCCAAAUCGGCGAGAAAGGCUACCCAGGCCUUCCCGGUGAGCCCGGCUUCAACGGAGCUCCCGGUCUUCCCGGAGCUGCUGGAUUCAAGGGAGAAAGCGGGGCCGCAGGCGUCCCUGGCUACCCUGGAGCCCCUGGAAUGCUCGGAUCACCCGGAGACGUCGGCUACCCGGGUCAGCCCGGAGAAAACGGCGACGCUGGACUUCCCGGAAGAGAUGGACUUCCUGGACUCCGUGGCGAGCCCGGAACUCCCGGCCUUCCUGGAGCUCAAGGUCAAGACGGAUAUCCUGGACCGGUUGGACCGCAAGGAGAAGACGGAAUCCCUGGAGCGCCUGGACAGGACGCCUACGGCCAGCCCGGAGCCGUCGGAGAGCCUGGCUACCCAGGUCCCGAUGGACUCUCCGGACAGCCCGGUCUUCCUGGAGAACUCGGAAACCCUGGAUAUUAUGGCGCACCUGGUCUGCCUGGCAUGCCUGGAGAUCACGGUCUUCCUGGAUAUCCUGGAGAGAAAGGUUUGAAUGAUUUAUUCAGUUCUUAAGUUUCUAAAAUAAUGAGAAGUUCUAAACCAUUUAAAAAUCAAGACCGUCCUUAUUUUAAGCCCUCGCUAUCAGCUUUCAAUGAGGAAUAACUUUAUCAGAUUAUAUGGAUGAAAUUGAUUGAGAAAUCAGAUAUUGUGCAUUUUCGCGUCAAGUUCGUUGUUUGCGUACCAAACGCAGAAACUGACGAAAAUUUUUUAUACGGAUUUUCCGAAGGGAUUUAACGAUCUUUUCAUGUUUUAUUGUUGGCUUUUCACUUCUUCUGAGCAAAAGUGUAAUCCAAAACUAUCAAAAUUCAGAAGUAUACGUGUUUUCAAAGGAAUAGAAGAUUUCAAAGUUGAACCUUCCUUCUUGAUUUUUUUUUUGCUCAUGUAGAUAUUCAAAUAAAAUUUAUUGAUUGCCAGAAAAUUAACUAUUUUAUGAAAAUUAUCAGGAUUGGUCGGAAUCGACGGAAAACGCGGACACAACGGUCAGCCUGGAGCGCCUGGACUUCCCGGAGUCGACGGCCUACCCGGACUCGAGGGAGAAUGCGGAGAAGAAGGAUAUCCUGGAGCCCCAGGACUCCCGGGAGCUCCCGGAUACUUUGGCGAACGAGGAAUGCCUGGUGGGAUUCAGUUCAACUAACGAAAUAUGACCUGAAAAUGUAUUCAGGCCUUCCUGGAACGCCUGGACUCCGCGGAGACGACGGCUACCCCGGAGCGCCCGGAACCCCUGGACUCAAGGGAGAACGCGGAUACGAUGGACUGCCCGGAAGAGACGGAAACGAAGGAGUUCCGGGCCGUCAAGGACCCAUGGGACAGCCCGGACCUACGGUUAAUCCCCUCACGUCGCCUUCUGGAGAAUCUGGAGAAAGUGGCCUCCCUGGAGAGAAAGGAUACCCAGGACUUUCUGGAGACAACGGUCAGUUGGAGCUUCGGGAAAAAAAGAACCAAACCAGUUUUUCGGCUAGAUUUUCUUGUAGAAGAGGAGUUCGACUCUUAUUAGGUUUGAAAACUUGGUAGAGGCUUGCUUAAAGGUGUAGAUAAACAUCCUCCGCGAACUGUUUUUUGAGCUUUGAAUGUACAAAAUUCCAAGGCCAAAUUUGAACUUAUCUCGAAGUUCGACAAGUGCUGACCUCUGUAACGCAAGCCAGACGGGUCUCUUAUGUUUUUGAACAGUCUAGGGAUAACUUAAGAGUUUUUGAGAAUUUCUAGGGACUUCUUAAGAGUUUCUGAGCAAUUUAAGAGACCACUUAAGUGUGCUGAGUUCGGAAGCGCCCCCGAGUUGUCUGACCAUUUCUAGGGGCUUCUUAAGCAUUUCUAAGCAUGUCAAGGGGCCACCAAAAAGUGUUGCGGCCACUAAAGUGCUCCUUAGAAUGGCUCAGACACGUCCGGGGCAGGUUCGGUUUGCGUUACCGAGGUCCGAGGAACUUUAAUCUAGAAGGAGUUUUCUCGUAAAUUUACCAGAUAAUAGACAUAUUCAUAAUAUUGGAACGAUAAGAACGCUGAAAGUCGGAGUUGAUCAGAUAAGUUCACUUUUCAGGACUUCCUGGACCGCCCGGCAAGGCCGGUUACCCCGGAGCCCCCGGUCAAGACGGCUACCCCGGCACGCCUGGAACUCCCGGCGGACCUGGCCGAACUGGAGACUCUGGCGUCGUCGGAGCUCCCGGACGAGGAGGUCUCAGCGGGCCGCCCGGACCUCCCGGAUACCCUGGCGGACCCGGAGGAUGGGCGCCGAGCCGAGGAUUCGUCUUCGCCAAGCACUCGCAGACCGUCAAUGUUAGUCCAGAAAAUGGGACUCUUUUUUUUUGAAGAUGUCAAAGUUUCUUGGAGAUUUUCUAUAGCCUUAAAAUCUAUUAUUUUCGCUGUUUACUGUGAUUAAAAUUUCGGAAGGUGACCUAAAGAUCACUUAAGUGAAAAACUUUUCCCAAAUCGAAGUUUCCAGGUUCCUCAAUGCCCAGCCGGAGCUUCUCAACUCUGGACCGGUUAUUCGCUUCUCUACGUUCAAGGAAACGGCCGUGCCAGUGGACAAGAUCUUGGUAACUCAAAAAAUCCAUUCAUCAAAUUCUAAACGGCCUUUUUUCCUGCCUUUCUAUAUUCUUUUGUAGUUUGAUGAUACUUAGGAAGGCCACAGGGGUCACUAGAGUGGUUUGAGAAAAAAGCCCCCUUUAGGGACAAAAAUAGUAGUCCUAGAGAGUUGAAACUUAGGGUCUGACCUUUAACCCUAAAGCUUAAGUGUUCCCUAUAGUGGUUCUUCAAUUUUUUCUUCUGAUUUGAAAAAUCAAAAUGCGUAUAGAGACUACUAGCAUGCUCUCCUAUAGUGGCCACUUUCGCAAGCUUUAGUGGCCUCUAAUGAGGUAAGUUCAACUGCCCCUAAGGUUGACCCUCUAGGGACCAUUCUGGCGUUUCUAACUCUGGGACCUUCUGAGCGAGAGAGAGUGAAGAUUCACAGAGACGCACGACAACGAGAGCGACGCGUCUCUUCAGCCGCCGUUGAUCUCUCUCUCUCUCUCUCUCUCUUGAACUUUGUGAAAUCACGUCUUUUCCUCCGUAUAUCUUACUGUAGUCCGUUUUACGGGGCUUCUCUGCGCCCUCCUCGUUCUCGAUAACCCUCUCAUAUUGACAUGCUGAUUUCAUGUCUCUGACCUUGCCGGCGAGGGAACAGAGAGACGCAGACGGACUGAAGUCCUAAUUCAAAUUUUUGAAAAAGAGCAGCUUGUUCCAAUCAUACUAGAAUGAGUUACAGGCCAAGCCGGCUCGUGCCUCUCGAAAUUCAACACGAUGCCGUUCAUGUUCUGCAACAUGAACAGCGUCUGCCACGUCUCCAGCCGCAACGACUACUCGUUCUGGCUGUCGACCGAGGAGCCGAUGACGCCGAUGAUGAACCCCGUCACGGGAACCGCCGUCCGCCCCUACAUCUCCCGCUGCGUCGUCUGCGAAGUCCCCACGCAGAUCAUCGCCGUCCACUCCCAGGACAUCAGCGUCCCGCAAUGUCCCGCUGGCUGGACUGGCGUCUGGACUGGAUACUCCUUCGUCAUGGUCGGUUUUACGGAUAUUCAUGAACAGAGUUUUACAAGGGAUUUCCGAAAAAGGGAUCUCUGUAAGAAUUAGGAAAUUUCUGAGAAAAAUUGGGCUUUACAAGGAUCCUGAAGGUUCUGAAAAGUUCGAGCUUGACUUCAAAGCAGUCCAAAACUUUCAUUUUCACAAACUUCAAAAAAAAAACUGCUUGUGCCAAAAAAGGAAGGAAAAGAUCUCAAGUGAACCUUUGAAUUUGGCUCAUUAUGGUUUUUUUAACUGGAAGAAUCGACCGAAAAAUAUCAAAACUGGAAAAAAGAAUGUAUAAUCUUUGAAGAAUCUAGAAUAUAUUCUUUUUCUAGAUAUGAAAAUCAAAAAAAGGAGUUAAAAAAACAUUUUUGAGCCAGCCCAUGGCGCGAAAAAAAUCAAAUUUACUUUUUUUAUAAAAAUCCUUUUUUUGACACACUUAUUGCACCUGGCCUUUAGCCUAUUUCGAAUAGUUAUGCACGUUGAUCUUGGAUCAUACAAGGAUUACUUCAGUUAAUAUAUUUGUCCUUUGUUGAAACUUAAAAGUGGGCUUCAAAUCAAUAAGAGUUCCAAAAAAUUGAUUUUCAGCGAAUGAACGAAAUUUUUGAUUUAUUUCUCUAUUCUGAAUGAAAUAUCCGUCAGAAACUGAAAAAAAGAUGACGAAAUUUUGGAGAUAAUUCUGAACUUUGCGGAAAUAACUUUGAACACGGCAUUAUAUGAAACGCUCGAAAAAAUCUAGAUCAUUCAUUUUAAAGUUAAAGAAAGCUUUAGGUUCUCUUGGAAAUCAGUUUUUGGAUUUAUAGCCUAUUCCGACUUUUUAGUUUCAAGUCAUUUCCCAAGCUCCGCCUCUAAUUCGGCGUAAACCAGUCAGCGAGAAGCUUUGAAUGACGUCAUUUGGUUCAAAUUUGAACAGAAUAUAUUCGAAAAUUUUUUUCUUGAAAUCUUUAAAUGUAGCUGAUGCACGGAUAACUAAGGACGCGAAAGGGGCGUGGCUUGUCUGUGCUCUCCACCAAGCUGACACUAUCUCUUUUAUUAUCGUGUCUAUAAACACUUUUUCGAUUGAUUUUUCGCAAAAUCUGAUUCCAGCACACUGCGGCUGGUGGUGAAGGUACCGGACAAUCGCUUCAAUCGCCCGGAUCCUGCUUGGAAGAAUUCCGCGCGGUUCCAUUCAUCGAAUGCCACGGCCGCGGAACCUGCAACUACUACGCCACCAACCACGGAUUCUGGAUGUCCAUCAUCGAACAGGUACCUUUUUUGGUUAUUAAAGGUGGAAAUAGUUGGUUUGCCUGUAUAGAAGAACACUUAGCAGCUCUAGGGGAAAUCCGGGAAUCUAUUGCAAAACUUUUUCAGUGGCCACUUUAGGAUUUUCAUGUUUUAGUGGCUACUAUAGUAGUCGAAUUAGUCGCCACUUGAGUGGAUGAAAUUUAGUGGCUUCCUAAGAAAUCCAGGGGACUUAAAACUACUGUAGUGGCCACUAAAAUGCCUAAUAAUGGCCUAUAUAGAUGUGGUUCCAGUGGCCACUGUAGUGUCCUCUCCAAGUAGUCCUUAAAGACUCUCUCAAGUGGCCACUUCCCAGUAUUUUGCCGCGUGCUUCAAAUCAGCUUUGAACGCAGUAGUUGUCAUAUUCGAUUCUUACUUUCUUUCAUAAAUAUUUAAUAGAAGAAUAUUUCAAAGCUUCACGAAUAUUCCAGGACAAGCAAUUCCGGAAGCCGAUGUCUCAGACCCUCAAGGCCGGUGGACUCAAGGACCGCGUCUCACGCUGCCAAGUGUGCCUCAAAAACCGAUAA